CAACACACUGGUUGAUUCAUACUUCCUGUCAGGCCGUCUUGCGCAUAACUGUCAGCCAGAGGCAGAAGCAUCUUCCUCAUUCUUGACAUGAAUCAUCAUUUGCCAUUUGUUCUGCUGGCUUUCUUCCUGUCAAUGGCUCCAAAUGGAUGGUGUCAAAAAGAAGACAUUUGCUCAAAGUCCAUCGUAAACUCCUGCAAUGACUGUGUCAGAUCUGGGCCACACUGCGCUUGGUGUCAACAACUGAAUUUCACCAGGGCAGGUGAACAGGAGUCCGCACGCUGCGAUACCCGAGCUAAGUUGAUUGGAAGAGGCUGCAAGGAAGAAGAAAUUAUUAACCCUAUGAGCAGUCUACAAAUUGACAAAGAUGAAUCUUUGUCCACAUCAUUCAAUAUGGAAGAGCCUAUUCAGCUAAGACCACAGAAGAUAAGUCUAAGAUUGCGACCCGGGCUUCCAACCACAUUUAGUGUUUCAUUUAAAAGAGUUCAGGGGUAUCCAGUAGAUCUCUACUACCUGAUGGACUUGUCUUUCUCCAUGAGAGAUGAUUUAGAAAAUGUUAAAGAAUUGGGCCAAGAUCUCUUUGCAGCUCUAAAAAACAUUACGGCUCAUGCGCAAAUUGGGUUUGGUGCCUUUGUUGAUAAGACAGUCCUUCCGUACACCAACACCAACAAAAAAAAACUGCAGAAGCCAUGCGAUGAGAAUUACCAGUGUCAAGCUACCUUUGGGUACCGGCAUGUACUUAGUAUGACACCAAGGAUUGAGGAGUUCAAAGAAAAAGUCAGAGAGCAGUUAAUUUCUGGGAACUUAGAUUCUCCAGAAGGGAGUCUCGAUGCCAUGAUGCAGUCUGCUGUUUGUGGGGAUCAAAUAGGUUGGAGGAACAGUAGCACUCGACUACUUGUGUUGGCAACUGAUGAUGGAUUCCACAUGGCUGGAGAUGGAAAAUUGGCUGGUAUCCUAGAACCAAAUGAUGAACAGUGCCAUAUGAAAAACACCCUUUAUACCAAGAGCAAUGAAAUGGACUACCCAUCUGUUGGACAAAUGGCCGUGCAGUUGGAAGAAAAACGUAUUCAACCCAUAUUUGCUGUGACAAAAGAUGUGGAAAAUAUGUACAAGCAACUCUCCAGUAUGAUCCCAAAAUCUGAGGUAGGAGUUCUAUCAGAAGAUUCAAACAAUGUUGUUCAGUUGAUUGAAAAUGCAUACAAGAGAUUGUCCUCCAAAGUUACACUUACCCAUGAUACUCUCCCAGAAAAUAUCAGGGUUGUCUACACUCCACGCUGUGAUGAUGCAAGACAAGAAGGAGACAACAAAGGAGUUUGUGACAAUGUUCACGUGACACAGGAGAUUUCUUUUGAUGUAACAGUAACAGCAGACUCAUGCAUAGAGAACCAGACAUUCUCUAUCAGACCACUUGGUAUCAAAGACACAUUGAUAGUGACCUUAUCUACAAGCUGUGAGUGUCAGUGUAAAGAUCCAAGAGAAAGUAGCCACCAACUUUGUAAUGGCAAUGGAAGUAUAAGCUGUGGUAUUUGCAGUUGCAGGCAACACUUUGUCGGUCAGUUCUGCGAGUGCUCCAUUGGCAACAAAGAUGAGAAGUCCCUGAGAGGAUCAUGUCUGAGCCCAAGUGGCACUGAAUGUGAGAGUCAUGGAGAUUGUGUGUGUGGCAGAUGCCAGUGCCACACCACAGCAAGUGGAAACAGUUACUACGGUGACUUCUGUGAAUGUGACAACGAACACUGUGAGAAGUUCCAGAAUAAAUUAUGCGGAGGGAAUGGUAAAUGCAACUGCGGAAAAUGUAAAUGCCACGAAGGCUUUGAUGGCUCAGCGUGUCAAUGCACAAUGUCAGAGGAGGGGUGUCGUACCCCAAAUAAUACCAUUUGCUAUGGCAGAGGAAAUUGCAAGUGUAACCGUUGUGAGUGUAAAAACGGAUACCAACGUCCACAUUGCCAGACAUGUCUUGGUUGCCCUGACCCCUGCCAAACCAAAUUAAAUUGCAUUGAAUGCCUUGGCUUUGAAUCUGGUCCUUUAAAAAAGAACUGCAGUCUGGCUUGCAAAGAGAGCAUUUCGCAUGAAAUGACAGAUCAGUUUACUAUUUCGAGCAAACUGUGCCAGCAAAAGGACACAAACGGCUGUUGGAUCAAAUUCAAGCUUGAUCAACAGUUUGGAGAGGAUAAGUACAUGGCUGAAAUUCUGAACCAGAGAGGCAGCCAGCAGCACAAACACAAUGGACGGGGAUGAGGGAUUGGCAUACUCAAGCUGGAAAUUCAGUCACUACUUCGAGUUUCUCUCAAGAGGACAAUACUAAGGUUCGCUGGGGCAACCGAUCAUCGCCAGCCACCGUGGGUUACCUAGUUUCAAGACCCCCGACCAGACCAUCCGCCAACAUCCCCAACAGUGUGUGCGUUCACUGUGAUGGGUAAAAUGCAGAGAACAAAUUUUGUGUGCAUCCAUGCAUGUUCAUGACAAUAAAAGUGAUUCUUCUUCUUCUACACUAUACAUACACACACACACACAAUUGCCUUCAUGGACCCCCACACAAUCAGCAGGGUUACCACAAUCUGUGUCUGUCUUUCUGUCUAUCUAUCAGUUAAGAGUCUUUCAAGAAGUGUACUGAGAAUGAUGUUCUUGUUUACAUUUAGGUGGCUAUUUGGCAUGUCAGGUCUGCACUAAGUUACUCAUCUAAUGUGGCUUCAACUACACUAAUAUUUAAGUUAUUUGUUCAUGUUGAUGACAUCAUUCUGUAACUUGUGUGGCGUACAUUACCACAUAAUGUAUAUGGUUAAGCUACUGCUUUUUUUGUACUGUGGAUAAGUGAUAUUCCUGCCACUUGACAGCUUCUGAAAGUAACUAAAAAGUUACUUUUUUUCUAACUUAGUUACUUUUGAAAUCAAGUAAUCAGUAAAGUAACUAAGUUACUUUUAAGCUCAAGUAAUAAGUAAAGUAACUAAGUUAUUUUUCAAGGUAACUGUGGCAACACUGCUCACCCUCACACAAAAGUGUAGUUGGGGAGUUGGCAGAAUAACUCGGUGGUCAGUGAUUGUCGGCGCGGCAAGGAAGAUUUGGCCGGGGCUAACCCGUUUUGGCUCUCCUCCCCCCCUCGUGGUGAGGAGUGGGGCUUUUUGGCUGGGAGCCAGCGUCUUUGGCGGAGCAGGAAGCAAGAGGCAGAGAACAAAAGGCUUCAGUCUCUUGUACCAAGAAAAAGCGGGGUUGCCCCAAAAGGCCAGAGCGGGAAGGACAGACCAAAUCUCUGAUAUUGAAUUUCACUCUAGAAUUAUCUGUGGUCCAAAACCAGUGGAUGUAAAGUGAGAAAUCAAUUCCCAGCUUUUGAAUUGUCUCACACAGCAUGGCUAAUCUAUGCAAUAAGUGUUUCAACCAUAUUUGGUGGCUAAGAACACUUAAUUUGCAUGAUGUAACAUUUUUGUGUUGUCUGAGGUAAAGCACAAUCAUCUCAUUCGGUUGACAAACAGAUUUGACAGCAGACCUUAAAGAAACAGUCUGUGACAUUGGUUUCAUGAUAUACACUGGGAGCAUCCGUGCAAAGUUCGUAAAAUAUCAAAAUAGACAUUUAACGCAGUAACUAUGAUACUAAUUUCAAGCUUGCAGUGACUCUUACACGUCAGCGGGUGUCGCCCGUGCUCCACCAAUGAUCCCAGAUGGUCCAUUGUACUCCAUUCGAGUUCCUGCGGAAGCCUGUGACUAUUCGUUCCAUUUGUAGCCUGUCUAACUAAUAAAUCCGUUGAUGUCAAGGGUCCUGAACUGUCACAUUUCAAAAGAGGGGUUCCCAAAUUCUUGGUCAUUAGAUCAGUCCGCAGAAAAAAGGUCUUUGUUGGAGAAACCAGUAAGAAUGGCUGGGGGAGGACUCUUGACCAGUUUAUGGCUGAGGUGACAUAAACCAGACUUCCUGUGUCUUGUGGAAACAGACUGGCUCGCGUGAGGGUCAAAAGGCAGGAAUGCAAAGGUUAUCAGCUUGUGGGGGUGUCGUCGACACAUGUCCCAUAGGGCGUGUUCACUACAAUACAUUGGUGCCUUGAGAGUUAAAUUCUUUCUGUGACCAUGCUCUUAUCACACAAAAAAAUUCCCCAUUUAAAUUAAUGGAAAUGCAAUGUAUCUAUUCCAGUUCCUCAAAAAAAAAAAACACCAACAACAAUUAGCAGUAUAUUGUAAAAGUUUGUCAUAAAAAUAUAGUAAAUGUGAAUGAAUGUAAAGAUAUGCAAAUAAUCCAGUGUCGAGACCACCACAAUGAGUGUAUGAAUAAUGUAUAAUUGGCCCGACAGAGAUGUGACAACAAUCUCAAGACAGAAAUGUUACAAGGGAAUUGUAAGUUAACUGUUUAAGAAGUUACUGGCAAGAGGGAAGAAGCUGUUGGAAUGUCUGCUAGUUUUAGUUUGCAUUGUUCGAUAGUGCCUACCUGAGGGAUGGAGCUGGAAGAAGUGGUGACGAGGAUGGGGAGGGUCCAAGAGGAUCUUUCAUGCUCUUGUCUUAGUUAUGGUAGCGUGCAAGUCUUCAAGGAUAGGUAGGGGGGUAGCAACAAUUUCUUUCAGCAUUUGUGACUGUCCGUUGCAUUUGGAGUUCGUCUUUUUUUGUGGCAGCACCAAACCAGAAUGUGAUGGGUGAACACAGGACUGAUUUGAUGACUGCUGUGUAGAACUGCCUCGACAGCUCCUGUGGCAAGCCGUGCUUCUUCAGAAGCCACAGGAAGUACAUCCUCAGCUGAGCCUUUUUGAGGAUGGAGUUGAUGUUGGUCUCCCACUUCAGGUCCUGAGAGACUGUAAUUCCCAGGAACUUGAAGGUCUCGACAGUUGAUACAGGGAAGUUGGACAGCGUGAGGGGCAGCUGUGGCCAAGGAUGCCUCCUGAAGUCCACGAUCAUCUCUUCAGUCUUGAGCGUGUUCAGCUCCAGGUUGUGUCUGCCACACCACAGCUCCAGCCGCUCCACUUCCUGUCGAUAUGCAGACUCGUCACCGUCUUUGAUGAGGCCGAUGACUGUGGUGUCAUCUGCAAACUUCAGGCGUUUCACAGCUCGGAGCGUUGAGGUGCAGUCAUUCGUGUGGAGAGAGAAGAGCAGUGGCUAUAUUAGAAUCAGAAUCAUCUUUAUUUGCCAAGUAUGUCCAAAAAAGACAAAAGGAAUUUGUCUCCGGUAGUUGGAGCCGCUCUAGUACGACAACAGACAGUCAAUUGACAGAGAACACUUUUGAGACAUAAAGACAUUGACAAAAAAAAAAAAAAAAACAGUCACUGAGCAGUAAAGGGUUGCUAGUUAUCUGGUAAUCUGGUAAUGCCGGUAAAUGUUUUUAUUUUUUUGACAAUUGUGCAAAAAGAUGCAGAGUCCUCUAGCACUUAGAGCAGUUCGAAUGACUAAUAUUGCAAUAGUCCGAUGCAAUGACCAUUGUGCAAAGGGCGCGAGACUUCAAGGCGUGUAUGCGGUUUAAAAUGACGAGUAGUGCGAUACUCUGGGACAAUGUUGAUUGUGCAAAUGUUUCAGAUACUCCUCAAUCUGUGUGCAAAUGGAUUAGAUGCUACUCUGGCAUGAGUGGCCAGUAUUGGUCAACAACAGAUAUGCAAAUAGUGCAGCGUGGCGAGACAACUACAGUGAGUGUACGAGUGAUGUAUAAUUGGCCCCACAGAAAUGUGACAACGAACUCAAGUGAAAAAAAUGCCAGCAUGUUGUAAUGGAAUUGUAGGUUAGGUGUUUAAGAAGUUGAUUGCAAGAGGGAAGAAGCUGUUGGAAUGUCUGCUAGUUCUAGUUUGGAUUGAUCGGUAGCGCCUACCUGAGGGAAGGAGCUGGUGACGGGAUGCGGAGGGUCCGGAAGGAUUUUGCAUGCUCUUGUCUUAGUUCUGGCAGCGUGCAAGUCCUUAAGGGUGGGUAGGGGGGUACCGACAAUCCUUUCAGCAGUUUUGAUUGUCCGUUGCAGUCGGAGUUUGUCAUUUUUUGUAGCAGCACCAAACCAGACUGUGAUGGAAGAACACAGGACUGAUUUGAUGACCGCUGUGUAGAACUGCCUCAGCAGCUCCCGUGGCAGGCCGUGCUUUCUCUCUCCUCUGGUGGGCCUUUUUGAGGACGGAGUUGAUGUUGGUCACCCACUUCAGGUCCUGAGAGACUGUAAUUCCCAGGAACUUGAAGGUCUCGACGGUUGACACAAGGCAGCUGGACAACGUGAGGGGCAGCUGUGGCGAAGGAUGCCUCCUAAAGUCCACGAUCAUCUCUACAGUCGUGAGCGUGUUCAGCUCCAGGUUGUGUCUGAUUUUCUCCACACAUGCCAGUUAGAAUUAAGGCCAACAAAUUCCAUCUUGGUCUCGUCAGACGAGAGAAUCUUAUUUCUCACCAUCUUGGAGUCCUUCAGGUGUUUUUUUUUAGCAAACUCCAUGUAGGCUUUCAUGUGUCUUGCACUGAGAAGAGACUUCCGUCGAGGUACUCUGCCAUAAAGCCCCGACUGCUGGAGGGCUGCAGUGAUGGUUGACUUUCUAGAACUUUCGCCAAUCUCCCGACUGCAUCUCUGGAGCUCAGCCACAGUGAUCUUUGGGUUCUUCUUUACCUCUCUCACCAAGGCUCUUCUCCCCCCAAUUACUCAGUUUGGCCGGACGGCCAGCUCUAGGAAGGGUUCUGAUCGUCCCAAACGUCUUCCAUUUAAGGAUUAUGGAGGCCACCGUGCUCUUAGGAACAUUAAGUGCAGCCAAAAAAUGUUUGUAACCUUGGCCAGAUCUGCGCCUUGCCACAAUACUCUCUCUAAGCUCUUCAGGCAGUUCCUUUGACCUCAUGAUUCUCAUUUGCUCUGACAUGCACUGUGAGCUGUAAGGUCUUAUAUAGACAGGGGUGUGGCUUUCCUAAUCAAGUCCAGUCAGUAUAAUAAAACACUGUUGGACUCUGAUGAAGGUGUAGAACCAUCUUAAGGAUGAUCAGAAGAAAUGGACAGCACCCGAGUUAAAUAUGAGUGUCACAGCAAAGGGUCUGAAUACUUAUAGCUGUGUGAUAUUUCAGUUUUUCUUUUUUAAUAAAUCAGCUAAACAAAUUCUGUCAUUAUGGGGUGCUGCGUGUACAUUAAUGAGGAAAAAAAUUAACUUAAUUUUAACAAAUGGCUGCAAUAUUACAAAGAGUGAAAAAUUUAAGGGGGUCUGAAAACUUUGCGUACCCACUGUAAUUAAAUAAGCUACGACGGCAGCUUGUGAACUGUUCAUACCAGUAACGGUAUGUCUAUGGUGUGGAGCUAACAGCAUAGAAAUGUGGCCCCCUCUAACGGUUGUGGCCCUAAACAACCACAUAAACUGUUUAGGCCACAGGAAUGUCUGGGGUCCACGCCAGAGUUCAUUUGAUGUGUUCACACCUAUCCAACUGAACUGCAUCAACAAAGGAGUUGGUUCAAAUUCACGAAACGGUGCUAAUGUGAAAGCCAAUCCUCACUGUUCAAAGACUUUACAAAUGUGAUAUUAAAAUCACUUUAAAAAUAUGAUCACCUUAUAAAUUGAAGGCUCGUUUGUGCCAAAUUUAAAUACAUAUAAAGGCAAUUAAAUAAAAGCAUGAUUUACCAUCAUCAAAAUGUUGAUUUAAAAUCUGUAUCAAAUCACAUUGUGAAAUAUAAUAUAUAAUGAUUAUAUUUAACCAAUACCCUACGAUUGGCUGGCGACCAGUGUGUACCCCUGCCUCACCCGUUACCAUAAUCAGGAGAAGCAGUAUAGAAAGUUCCUGGUCCUGUUUGGAUACAUGACAAUCUCCCCACAAAUACAUAAAUUGUUGCUAAAAUAAAACUUACAAUGCAAAAAUACAAUUGCUUCUGGUUCAUGUUCCUCUGAAUGUCCAAACCCUUUCUCCUCGUCUCAUGUACAUGGGCACCAUAAGGGCUAAUUUAUAUGUCCAUGAAUAUAGAUCUGUACGUUUAGAAUGUUCUGAAGGACCUUGCCCUCAUACUUUGAUACGCCUACAGCAUUCCGUUGGAGUGAACAUUUUGCAAUACACCAGAUAGCGUCACAUAGAAUCUAAAUUUACCCUAGUAUGAAUAAGAAGAGUAAAGUUAGUGAUUGUGUGUGUGUCAUUCAGUUGCGUUGGUCUGCCUAUUUUAGGGGGCUUCAGUCCUACUAAAAUGUUCUUAAGUCGCCCUAAAAAAAAAAAAUUACCCAAAAGAUUUUUGAAUAGGGGGGAAUAAACCACCAAUAAGAGUUUUUGGUGUUGAUCCUUUCCAAAAAAUACAAAUAAAAAACAGAAAUAAAAACAAAUGCCCUGCGAUUGGCUCGAGACCAGUUCAAGGUGUACCCCGCCUCUCACCCACAGUUAGUUACGAUAGGCUCCAGCACCCCCGUGACCCUAGUGGGGAUAAUCGGUAUAGAAAAUGGAUGGCUGGAUGGAUGGAAGAAAAAUGGGAAAAAAAAAUUUUUUUUUAAUCCGUGGACAGGUGAGUCCAUGGGUGCCAACCCGUAUGUGGGGGGUCCACGGUAAUUGACAAGCUAGUUAGUAGUAGCAUGGGACUUUAUGCUGUUAGCUGGGGUCCAGAGUUACUGUUACUAUGCUGUUACUACCAACAAGUUUCUCAAAAAACUUCGGUCUCUUGUGUCCAUCCUUCGUUCUUUUUCUCACACUGCUUUGCUUUUAGUCUGCGCUGUAUUGUGUAAGCUGUUUACAUUGUGAAGCAACUAGUGGCGGGGUUUAACGCAUUAAUCACGAUUAAUUAUUAACAAAAAAAUUAGUGCGUCAAAAUUAUUGAUGCAUUUUAAUCACAGUUUGCUUUCCAAACAAACGCGGGACCUCUGUCUCUCAAUGCACUAACCCUAUCCUGGUACACCGAUUACACUGACGCACACGUCAGAGCUUGGCUAACCAUAUCUCUAUGCGGCUAAUGGCUAACACAAUGGAGGAAUCGGAAUUGUUAGGAGGCAAAUUUAAUUUAAUUUUUUAAAAAAAUUAUCCGAUGGAAGCCACGAUGAAAGCCACGAUAAAAGCGUGGUUUUGUGCAGAUUAUGCAAAAAGGAUUUUGCGUGCCAUCAGUACCAUCUAAAUGGAAAGCAUGUCGAAGCAAGCACAAAAAAAACUGUUAGCGGUAGCAGUCAUGGUACGAGUUCCUCAGACUUAUCGGCAAACCAAACUCGAACAAGCGACCGGAUUCAGGACCAAAACUUGUUAGUCAACAUGGAAGAAAAUCACAAAUUCACUGGCAAAGCUCUGGACAACUAUUAAGAGUAGAAGACGUUUAGAAAAUGUGCUACAAGUUUUCAACUACCAUGUAGAAAGACUCAGGCAAAAUUCAACAACUUUAUGACACCGAAAAGCAAGCAAAAUUGGAUGCAUUGCAGAAAGCUCUAUGUGGCUCUGACUGGGGAUCAUUGGACCUCCGUUAGUAAUACAAAUUACGUUGGCGUCACUGCACGCAUUGUUGAUGUCACAGACGGGACAUGGCAUCGACAGUCUUUUGCCCUGGCUGUGCAGAAGACACUAUGCUGAACAAUUGGAGCAGACGAACAAUGAUAGCUGCAGCAAGACACCUCCGAUACAUGCCAACACAUGCCUUGUAUUGCUCACAUCUUGCAAAGAGCCUUGCUGAUAGUGUUUUUUGUAAUGCAUUAGCAAAAUGUCUCAAGAGAGUGGGUCACUUUAAACACAGCUCUGCAGAGUAACUACACCAGGAGCUAUCAAGACUGGGGCAAGAAUAUAAGCCACUCAUGCAGGAUGUAGCCACAAGGUGGAAUUCAAUGCGGGAAAUGAUCUCUUGUCUGCUGAAGAAUCAAGAGGCUGUUUUUACUGCUUUAGACAAACAGAAGCACAAGCUUGUCAUAUUAAAUCCACCAGAGCUGCUAAAGCGGCAAAAGCUGGCGAUUGUCCUUGAGCCAACGCAGGUAAAAACAAAUUUAAAUAAAAAAAUACAAAAUAAAUAAAAAUGAAUGGCAUUUAUUUUUAUUUAAAAACCUCUAUAUUUGACAUUCACUUUGUGGAUUAAAUAAUUUAUUAACUUUCCUGAAUUGUCUACUGUAUAUUUGUGAAUGAACUCCUUGGAGGUGAGACAUAUGUCUCAUGUUCAGUGGUUUUCCCUGCUCUCCGUCACCUGUACCGCACCAUGGAGGUCUCAGAUGAUGGCUCAAUCGACACUGUGAAAUUCAAGACAGCCUUCACAAAGGACUUAUCCCAACAUGUAGCUACAUUCAAUGAUGAAUAGCUCAAGAUGGCCACUAUGCUUGACCCAUGCUUUAACGAUUUGAAAUGUGUUGCAAGGGGAGAGCUCAACGAGGUUUGGACCAGCCUUGAGGCCUUACUGCAGGAGCAGUGUAAGGAUACCACCACACAGGAGCCAGCAAAGGAAAAAAACUCCUCUCUCUCUUCAGUUUUUUCAGACUCAGAUUCAGACGAGGAAGGUUGUGUAGCAGGGCCUUGGAUUUGUGCAAAGAAGAAUCCACCAUCAGCAAAACAGACUGCCCACACCAGUGGUGGUCCAGUUGAGCAGGCACUCAUCCACAUCUGUCUGUCCUGGCCCGCAAGUAUCUGAUUAACCCCGCUACUUCUGUUCCAUGUGAGAGGCUGUCCUCACUAGCAGGUCACACAGUUACAAAAUAGAGAACUCUGGUAAUGUGAACAGACGAGUUUGUUUGAAAGAGAGGGCGAGGAAGUAGUCGUAGUAGUUUACAUAAAGAUGGAGGUUAUAGAGUGACCUUUAUCCAUAAAUUCACACCAUGGACCAUAAGCUGGGCAGCCGUGGCCCAAUGGUUAAGAUCAUGCCACCCUUGGGGACCUAGGUUCAAGACCCCGACUGGACCAUCCUCCAACAUUCCCUGGACUCACGGCUGUGGUUUCCUUGAGCAAGUCACUGAUACCCAGAAAUGCUCCCCGGGCGCUUCAGCUGCCACCUGCUCCAGUGUGUUCCACUAACAUGUGUAUGUAUUCAUUGUGAUGGGUUAAAUGCAGAGAACAAAUUUCAUGUGCAUGCAUGCAUGUUCAUGACAAUGAAAGGUGAUUCUUCUUCUUCUUCUGAGCUCAUUCACUUAUAGCUGUCACCAGUGGAUAAUAAUAAUAUUAGCAAAGCAAAUUUAUUUAUAUAGCGCAUUUCAUACACAAGGUCACUCAGAAUCAAAAUCAGAAUCAUCUUUAUUUGCCAACUAUGUCCAAAAACACACAAGGAAUUUGUCUCCGGUAGUUGGAGCCGCUCUAGUACGACAACAGACAGUCAAUUGACAGAGAACACUGGAGAUAUAAAGACAUAAAGACUCAAUGUGCUUUACAUGAUUAAAAUAAUUUAAAAACAAAGAAAAAAAAAACAUCUUAUAAACAUUUAAAACAAAGAGAGAGAAAAAAUACAAUUAAAACAGCAUAUAGUGCAAGAAAUAUAAUUUAAAAGUGGAAAUGCUCUAAAAAGCAUGGGAAAAAAGAAAAGUUUGUAACGUGGACUUAAAAACAUGCACACUUGGGGCUGAUGUCACUUCUGUUGGCAACUUAUUCCAUUUGUGUGCAGCAUAAUAGCUGAAUGCUGCUUCACCAUGUUUGCUUUGGACUCUGUGCACCCGAGCCGAACCCGAGCCGCAGCAUUCUGAAUGAGCUGCAGCUGUUUAAUGCUCUUUUUAGGGAGUCGAGUCAGAAGACCAUUAGAACAGUCAAGUCUACUUGAGAUAAAAGCAUGGAUGAGCUUCUCCUGGUCUGCUUGACACAUGCAGGCCUUCACUCUGGAUAUGUUCUUCAGAUGGUCGAAGGCAGUUUUAGUAAUUGAUUUGAUAUGACUGUUGAAAGUCAGGUCAGAAUCUAUCAGAACACCAAGAUUUCGGACUUGGACUUUAGUUUUUAAAGAGAGUGACUCCAGGUAUUUACAAACAGCAAAAUAUUAAUAUCCAUCCAGCCAUUCUUUUUCUUCCACUUAUACGAGGUCGGGGCGCUGAGGCAGCAGCUUAAGCAGACUUCCCUCUCCCCAGUCACAUUCGUCCAUCUCUUCCGGGGGGAUCCCGAGGCGUUCCCAGGCCAGCCGAGAGACGUAGUCUCUCUAGCGUGUCCUGGGUCGUCCCCUGGGCCUCCUUCCGGUGGGACGUGCCCAGAACACCUAACCAGGGAGGCAUCCGGGGAGCAUCCUAACCAGAUGCCCGAGCCACCUCAAAUGGCUCCUCUCGAUGCGGAGGAGCAACGGCUGGACUCUGAGCCCCUCCACUUGCGGCAGGAUCGCCUCCCUGACCAAGAGAGGGCACUCCACCCUUUUCCGACUGAGGACCAUGGCCUCAGAUUUGGAGGAGCUGAUUUCAAACUCCCAUGCACCCUAGAGGAGACUUCUGAAGGUGUAGAGCUAGUUCAAUGUUCCACAGGCAGGACGAAAACCACACUCCUCCUCCUGAAACUGAGAUUUGACUUCCUGAUGAACCCUCCUCUCCAGAACCCAUGAAUAGACCUUACCAGGGAGGCUCAGGAGUGUGACCCCCUUAUAGUUGGAACACACCCACAACGUCCCGAGUUAAGGUCAGCAGCGGACCGUGCCCACUAUACACAGUGUUGACGGUGGACUGUUUUACCCUCCUGAGACGUCCAGAAGUCGUUUUCCAUGGCCUCACCGAACUCCUCCCACAUCCACAUUUUUGCCUCAGCGACCACCAAAGCUGCGUUACGCUUGGCCAGCCGGUACCCAUCAUCUGCCUCCGGAGUCCCACAGGCCAAAAAGUCCCGAUAGGACUCCUUCAGUUUGACGGCAUCCUUUACCGCUGCUGUCUAUCAAAGGGUUCGGGGAUUGCCUUCACGACAAGCACCGACAACCUUAUGGG